GAAAGCAAAAUUCAUUACAUUGUCUUUUCAUGUCCCCACUAACACUGAGAAAACACCUGUCUGUUUUUCUAACUUUUACAGUAGGAAAUAUGUUAAAUAUGUCCUUGUUGAGUUAAAACUCCGGGGCACAUUAGUAAGAAAGGAAAGAUCAUCUUUAAAAUAGAACCAUCUGAAAGUUAAGAUGGCAGCUGGAGCUUGAGUUUCAGUUUCACUUUUCUGCAAGGCUAUCACAUCAGUGCACCACUAAGCUGGCUCAUUAACGCCUAACAUGCACUAGACUAGACUUUGAAAAUACCUUUAAAAGACAAAAGUCUGACACCCUCUCUCAUCUGAAGACAAUAUGAGUUUUAAGUCACACACUAUAACAUUUUUCAAAGACUGGGGAUUCCUUUCAUUUCUCAUCCUGCUCCUGGUGAAAAAUAUUGCACCAAACUCCCUUUAAGAAAUAUGACACAUUAACAAUUCCUUGUGUGUCCUCAAACACACAUAAGUCUGGAAACACAGGAUAAAAUGUGUCAUAUGUUGACAGUAUUCUUGUCAAUUCGGCAUCACUAUAAUCCAUAAAGAUAAACUAUAUUUGCAUACAAACUUAACACUUUGGCUUUGUUGCCUAAACUCCCCACUAGCCUUUGUUGGUUACCUGUGAUAUUUAAGUUGGACUAGACCAUGUGAAUGAGAGGCAAACCAUUUAAAAAAAAAUUGGAUUUCUGAGUAAAAUAAGUGCCGGCUGAUGAUUAGACACCCGUUUUCAUUUUACUAAGGCCUAAAGUUAUGCAUAAUUAAGUGCGUCAUCAUCAGAGCCACCCCUCAUUCCUCCACAACGCCAAAUAUGGUCACUAAUGGUUCCACAAAAACAAAGAUGGCGACGGCCGAACUCGAGGCUUCAAAGAGAAGACAAACCAAUGUGUGACGUCACGGUAGCUUCGUCAUUAUUGUUACAGUCUGUGGCUGCAAUAUUAAUGUCAUGAACACAUGAAUGCAUCAAUAAUUAUUAUACAAUAAUGUACUAUAUGAGCCAUUCUACAUAAUGAGUACUUUUACCUUGGAUAUGCUGUAUGUCUUUAUGCCAACAUUGUUUUUGUACUUUUACUUAUGUAAGGUUUUCAAUGCAAGAUUUUAAGCCUACUUUACACAGAGUAUUUUUACAGUGUGGUAUAAGUAGGGCCUAUAAAGUUCUGAGUGCUAAUAAUGCAUCAUAAUUUAUAAGUUAAUUAUGUUUUGCAUUAUCUGAAUUUCCAAAGUAACUAAUGAUUAAAGAAAAAAUUAAGUAAGGUGCAAUAUUUGCCUCCAUGAUGUAAUGGAGUAGCAGUAGCCUAUGAAGUAGCAUGAAAUUGAAAUAGCCUACUGUAAUGUAAAGUACAAGUACCUCAAAAUUCUACUUAGGUACAGGUACUAUUAUUAAAGUUAUGAAAUGAAAAUGGAUUGGCAGGGUCGUAACCUAGCAACAGCAGCAGUUGUUUGUAAGAGACCAAACUGUUAUGACUCAGUUUUUACUGUUUAGUCACCUCUGAGGACAUUUCUCUGGAGAAAAGGUUUCUGUGUUUAGCACCAUGUCAAAGCAGACGGAUGGACAGAGGCAGCAGCUGGAUGCAGUCACUGAAGAGAUAUUUGGGCUGGUUGACAGAACACUAACGGAUUAUGAGGAGGAGGUAUCUCGUUUAAAAGAAAAUGAGGAACGACGCAAACUUCCGGAUGCUGUUUCCAACACCAAAGUUCAAUCAGUGUUCCCUGCAGAUGCUCCCCCUGCGGUGAGCCCCAGUCUGGACCAGGAGGACCCAGAGCACCCACACAUUAAAGAAAAACAGCAGGACCUCUGGACCAGUCUGGCGGGAGAUCAGCCUCGAGGACUGGAGGAGGCUGAUAUCACCAAGAGUGAAGAUGAUGAAGAAAGCCAAACUGAGGAGAGCACAGAGGCUGCAGCCAGCAGCUCAGCUCAACAGAUGGAAACAGAGGCAGCCAGCAGCUCAGACUCACAUCGACCAUCAUCAUCUAUCACAGGACAGAAACCAUGGCGCUGCAGCGUUUGUGAAAUAAGAUUCAGCUACAAGAGCCUUCUGCAGAGACACAUGAGAGUCCGUACGGGACGGAAACCAUUUGGUUGUAGCGUUUGUGAGAGACGAUUUCUCUGCAAGAAGAGGAAAACCACUUGGUUGUAGCAUUUGUGAGAAAAGACUUUGCAGUAAAUUAAAUCUGAAGAUGCACAUGAGAGUGCAUACAGGAGCGAAACCAUUUGGUUGCAGUUCGUGGUGGGAAUCUCUGGGCACCUCAUAAUUCAGUUCUGAUUCAGAGGGCUGCAAUGCGACAAUAAAAAGAUUAUCGAUGCAUCAAAAAAUAUAUAUAUAUUCUGUGCAUGAUUUAUUUUUCUCAGUGUGUGACUACUUUCCACUUUUAAAACAUAGCAUAUUUGUGAUGAUACUGCUCGUAAACUGCGGUCAGACUGUCAAACUAGGCAGCGCUAAUCAAAUAUAUAGAUUCUGUGACUGCAUUGGCUAUUUCUCACCUUCAGAAACAUAUUUUAGUGUACUGUUUAGCUGUAAAAUGAGAACAUGGCAGCCGGGUCACAGACUUUCUGAUUUUACAACUAAAUAGUACACUAAAAUAUGUUUCUAAAAAUAAUUGAGGUGAGAAAUAUGCAAUAACAGAAUCUUGAUUCAUAUUUGAUCACCACCACCUAGCGUGAUGUCACCCAUUGGUUUGCAGACUCCUGUUUUGAAGCCUUAAGUUCGGCAUUACGACCAUCACCAUCACUGUUUUUUGGAGCCAGGAGUGCUCAUAUUUGGGUGAGAGGCUUAUGCUGUGGAAGAGCGAGGGGUGGGUCUACUGAGAAGAUGAUGACACUGCCUUAAUGCAUUAUGUUCCAUUAAAAUCCUAUAUUAUAAAUUAUAACCUGGUGCCUGAAUUUUGUUUUUCCUCUCAAUAAAUAAAGACGUUUCUACCAUAAACUGAUGCAGAAAAGGCACAAAUUGGUCCAAAAAAAUUUACCAGAAUGCAAAAAAAUUAAGUGUUUGACACUCCCAGAUCCCCAGCUUCAUAUGUGUCCUCACCAAUGUGUAAACAAAACCCAUGCCCUUGGCAAAAUAUGACGUUCACAUGUGCUACAUAAAGGCAGCAGAAGGCAGGCAGAAAGCAAGAAGGAAGGAAAUGAAAGAGGAGGGCUAAGUGUGGAGGAGCACAGAUGCAAGUCACUUACAUAACCACCGUUACUGAGGCUGACAAACCAGCAGUUUAAACACUGAGUCAUUAGAAUAAGAGCUCUCUUGUAUGUGGGCUGCUGAAACGCCACAGACAUAAUAAAAAAGUGGAGGAAGACUAACCCGUUCCCCCUCUCCACCCACACCGAGACUUCUGCUUUCUGAGUGACUGUGGCAACUAUAUGGUUACUGUCUGUGAUAGAUGAUGAGUCAAGGGGGAAGAUCAG